AAGAAGAAGUGCCCCAGAAACGGCCGGAGAUGGCCGACUGAGUCAAUGCGCCUCUGGGUGAGUUUAGUCUGGAGUUGGGCGCGCCUGUGUGUAGCGACUCCAAAGGGCACUCCACUUCCAGCACCGUUGUUCGCAUCUCCACAGAAAACCACCCCAACAUCACGAUGACGUUUAUGAACACCGGUUUCGGUUAUACAAUGAAGCUUCUCUCGGAUUGGGGCCCCUCACAGAACAUAUAUAAACCUGCCACUCUCCAUUGACCUUCCUUUACACUUCUUUCGCUCCGCUCUCGAACUUGACGAAUCCGCCCUUUACUUCAGUCCCAUCGAAACAAGAUGUCCAUGAACGGUACUGCUAUCCUUACCGCCGCUCACGAUGACGCAGCGCGUUUUGGUGCACGCAUCGACUUGAAGAACAUCAGUGAAGCUGAUGCUAGGAAAUUAAUGUCCGCCGAACACAAAGCUCUUGGUUUCCGUCCACCUCCAGGUUCACUUGCCGCAGAAGCCCAGGCCGAGGCAGCAAGACACCCAAAGACUGACGCUCAAAUAUCCUUGGAAGCGUUGCGAAAGGCCGCACUUGAGGAUGCAGAACGUAUCAAAGGUCUGAGAUCUAGUACGGGCGAAGUGAAUUUGAACGUUGUCGGCCAAGCUGAGGCUCGCAAGUUGAUGUCCGAUGAACACAAAGCUUUAGGGUACCGACCAACACCCGGUUCUCUCGCCGCUGAAGCCCAGUCUGCUGCUGCUAAACACCCCGAGGGUGUUCCCGAUGCACAUCCGGAGAUUUAUGAGUUACAUCGCGCGGCUUUAGAAGACGCAGCGAAGAUCGAGAGUUCUGCAGCUGCCGCCAUCAACCUGGACGCGAUUGGUGAAGCUGAAGCUCGGAAACUAAUGUCAGAGGAGCACAAGGUGCUCGGAUACCGCCCUCCACCAGGUUCUCUCGCCGCUGAGGCCCAGUCCGCCGCCGCCAAACACCCCACUUCCAGCGCAGGCGUCGAUGCUGCGACGCUUGCCAAAGCGGCUCUGGAGGACGCUAAGAAGAUCGAAAGCAUCCGUCGUUCCUCAAACGGUACUGCCACAGCAGAAAAAAUGAAUGGUUUCGGGCGUCGAAGCUCUGGUGGUUCAUCAUCUUCUGAGAAGAUGUCUCCGGAGAGACGUGCUGGUGGUGGAUCUGUUGCUGCGGAGAAGAUCAACCCGGAGAUAAUCACUGCUGCUGAGGCUCAUCAGUUGCAAAGCGAGGAACAGAAGACGUUGGGGUAUAGGCCUCCUUCGGAUUCACUCGCUGCACAGGUGCAGAGUGCCGUUGAUAAGCGGGAUCGGCAGCCCGUGACGAAAGACAUAGCGGCCUCACUCGAGUCGCAGGAACACAAGGCUGUGGGUCAUCUUCCAGAGAAAGGAAGUAUAGCUGCUGUUGCUCAAAGUCUUGCGGAUCAGAACGAGAAUGACGGUGGUGAGAGGACCUUAGCUGAUGCUGGCAUACGACUCAGAUUCUUGGAUCUUGCCUACGGACGAGCUGGAUGAUUGGCUUGGUCAUGUUCAGCUGGAGCCUGAGAUGAUCAACAACUGUGUUUAUAGAGGAUUCUGUUUUUUUUUUGUAUUUGUACGAUACCCCGCUCGUAAGUAUUGCAAAGUAUUAUAGUGUAUCAACAAAUUUUCAA